GAGGACGCGGGUAGGCAGCAUGCGUCCGCUGUCGACGCUUCCCAUUCCGCCGUCUGUGCAGGGCGCGUUGAGUAGGGCUGGCUUUCACACCACCGACGAUGUGGGUGGAGUGGGUGCCGUGGCGCUCUCUGAGGCUGCAGGGAUCACGCGGCGGCAGGCGCUGGACGUGCUGAGGGCGGUGCGCGGCAAGGGCGAGGGAGCAGGCAGCGGCAGGAGCGCGGCGGUGUCGCUAGCGGCGCUGGUAGGAGGCGGAACGGCGCAGGAAAGUGGGGCGGAAGAGGUCGGUCGGUCGGCGUACGCGUUGCUGCUAGAAGAGCGGCAGCAAGUGCCGAUCAUCACGUUCUGCGCCGAGGUGGAUGAGAUGCUCGGCGGCGGGGUGCCGCUGGGCAAGGUGACCGAGUUUACGGGCGCGCCGGGCAUCGGCAAGACGCAGCUCGGGAUGCAGCUCGCGGUGGAUGUGCAGAUUCCCGAGGCCUUUGGCGGCGCCGGCGGGAGCGCGAUCUACAUCGACACAGAGGGUUCGUUUGUGGUGGAGCGGGCGGUGGAGAUUGCGUCUGCGGUGGUGAGCCAUCUCGACGCGCAGGCGGCGGCCGAUGGGGUGGCCCACGGGCUCAGUCUUGAGUCUGUCCUCAGCUCUAUCGCCUACUAUCGGGUUCACUCGUACGUGGAGCAAAUUGCUCUCAUCAACCUGCUGCCGGGCAUUGUGGAGGAGCUGGGCAACGUGCGGCUGGUGGUCAUCGACUCGGUUGCUUUUCACUUUCGGCACGACUUUGCCAACAUGGGUGUGCGAACACGGGUGCUCAACGGGAUGGCGCAGUCGCUGACACUGCUGGCGGAGAAAGCCGGACUCGCGGUGGUACUGAUGAACCAGGUGACGACCCGCGGCAUCUCCCAGGGCCAUGCGUACCUAGCGCCAGCGCUCGGCGAGUCGUGGGGUCAUGCCGCCACCGUCCGUGUCAACCUGUUUUGGGACAACGGCGCGCGUCUGGCGUUGCUCUUCAAGUCGCCAUCGCACUCGCAGGGCUCGGCGCGGUUUGCCGUCACCGUCCAGGGCAUCCGGUCCGAGCCACCCGAUGAGCCGCCGCCGGGCACCUCACCCAAGCGCGGCAACAAGCGGCUGCGGGCAAGUGCUAGCACUGGCGGAGAGGAGGCGGGCGCAAGUGAGAGCGUUGCGCGCGAGGAGGAGGCGAUGAAGGUAGGCGCAGGUGCCACCAAGCGCCAUCACCCACUCAAGUAAACAGUGUUGAGCG